GUCAAAGCUCUCGUCGCGGCAAAGGAUCGCCCAAGGCUCAGCCGACUCCUGGAGGGCCUGGAGAACAUUGAGGUGCUUGAGGCAGAAGCGGACGACCUCUGGGUCCGUGACUCGGGUCCCGUCUUCACUGUCAGCGAAGCCGGGGUACUCCGGGCCGUGAAGUUCAACUUCAACGGCUGGGGCCAGAAGCAGCGGCAUUCUCUGGAUAACCAGCUUGCGGAGAAGAUCGCCGAUCUUGCUGGCGUCGAGCUUCUCACAUCCUCUCUCGUCUUGGAGGGUGGUGGGAUCGAG